AUGAAACGUAGGUUGACAGCCACCCCCGGUCCAAGUCCCUCAAAGCAACCCCGACAGGACCCCGUAUCCUGCGAGUCGUGUCGAAAGAAAAAGCUAAAGUGCGACCGGAAUAUUCCAUGCGGCAGCUGUACCACGCGCAAGCUGCACUGUACCUUCGGAAGCCAUGGUACUCUACCAACUAGUCACUCGGUCAAACAAGGGAGCCAAACGGCAGAGCGGCCCCCGUUGAACAACAAGGCUGUAUCACGACCACAACAACAAGCGCCACACGCCGAGGCCCAGAGUAGCAAUCGAGACGAUCCUCUAGUUACAGCAGACUGGCUUGAGACUAUUGUCAUGGGGCAUCGUGUUCCGAGUGCCAUUCCCGCACCGCUGAGAGACGAGCUAUCACAACACUCGCGAGUAGCCGUGUCCCAGCAGAACCCAAGCUCCGGAACGUUGCAUUUUCUUUUUGGUAGUGGCCGCAGAGCGUCUUCUGAAUCGCCUGCCAGUAUUCAACUCCCACUCUUCUUGCCAUCGAGAGCCGAGGCAAUGGCUCUUUUUCAUUUCUACUUCGAUCAUCUCGACUACCAGUACCACAUCAUCAUCCCCAGUCGUACGAAGCGGGAUAUUGAAGUCAUAUAUGACAGAUCUCCUGGCGAUGAACUCAACUUGCAGCACGUUGCUCUUCUUUUUGCCAUAAUCGCGACCGCCCUGUUCUACCAGCUUCUGUCGACUGACCCAGCCCGGCUUGCAGAGGCCUCCGGCUGUGAGGCAGCGUUCCUGGCAGGUGCGGCUUUGAUCCAGAGCGAUUAUAUUGCUUGUCCCAGUAUUGAAGGUCUACAAGCGACGAUGAUCAUCGGGCACCAUCUGUCGAUUGCUACUCUCAAUCCCGCUGUCAGCUCGUUGUUUUUGCAUGGGUCUCUAAUCAGUCAGGCUAAGAGUCUUGGGCUUCAUUUGGUGGAUUCCCCGGUGUCAAAGAGGAAUCCAAACGGGGGCGAUAGAACUACAAUUGAGCUCAAGCGGAGGCUUUGGUGGGACCUGGCUUCCUAUGACUGGCUACUUGGAUUCCUCAGCGGACCGCAGGAGUGGACAUACACAAUCAGUCCCCAGCAAAUGAACGUAAAAAGACCAUGGAACAUCGAAGAUGAAGACAUCGAAAAAAGCGAAAUGGAAUUGCCACUCUCACAGCCAACCUGCAUGUCCUACACACUCCACAGAUUGCGAUUAGCCGAAGUAUGCCGCGAGAUCGUGGACAGCACCGCAUCCGACCACCUCCAAGGCGUCGAAAUACCCUACGAUAGAAUCCUAUCUCUAGAUCGCAAACUCCAUGACGCGUACGCCGGAAUCCCCUCUUUCUUCAGAUUCGACCAGUCAUCCCAACGCAAAUUCGCGUCACUUUAUCGCGAAAGACCUUCAAUUGCCUGGCAACGCGCCUUCAUUCAGCAAGGAUACCACUCUCGGCUCUGUCGCUUACAUCGACAAUACUUUGUCCGUGGAGCUAGAGACCCCCGGUACUCGUAUUCACACGUCGUAUCUCUUCAAUCGGCUCGCAAGGUGCUAGAGGUAAAAAGGAUCAUGGAUGAGGAAGAACCGCUCUUUGUGCCGAACAGCUCAUUAUUUUGGGCGGUGAUGCAUCAUGUCUUCAUGGCUGCAGUCAUCCUGCUCAUUGAUGUCUGCUUCAAUUGGGAUGAUAUUCUUGCCGAGAAACGGAAGGAGGAAGUUCUUGCUGCUUGUCGCAUGCUUAGUCGAGCGCAGCAGUCGUCUUCGGUUGCGAGAGAAGGGGUUAAUGCUAUGAUGGGGAUUUUGCGGAAGCAUUGGAAACAAGAAAGAAGACCGCAUGACUUGCAGUCUGAUCCAACAGCUACUGGUCGCCACGAUCAAUCUUUUGAGCAGGUUCCUCAAACGAGAAUCUCCCUGUCGAAGGAUGCACAAACCGAAGUCCCCGGUAUAGAUUUCUCAGCAUCUGACUUCGGCCAGAUUCCGCUUGAGGAUCUAUGGUCUGAGAUUCUAGACAGCAGCGGUGAUGUGGGACUGGGAACGCCUGACUGGAUGGACUUGCUGAAUGAAUUGACCAAUGCAACUGCACCGCCUGAGUGA